AUGGAAAGGGAAUUGGUGGCAUUGGAGAUGGUGGGAGGUGGUGGCAUUGGAGGUGGUGGCAUUGGAGGCGGUGGCAUUGGAAGUGGUGGCAUUGGAGGCGGUGGCAUUGGAGGCGGUGGCAUUGGAGGUGGUUCCGUCGUAGAAACUUGUCCUCGACCCUCCCCUGAGGCCGUAAGAUGCCUGAAACAGUGGGCGUGUCAGGAAGUCCUUCGCCUGGAUCUGCGCUGCCUGCUAAAUAUAAAUAGACAUAGCUUGCUGGGCAACCUGGUAAAGGUGCCUGGCAUAACGGGCGGUACAGCCGGUGGUCACGGUGCACACGGUGCUCACGGUGGUGGCAUUCUAAGCGGACUGCUGACUGGCUAG